UUUCGAAGUAAAAAAAAAGGGUCCAAAGGAAAACUAAAAAAAAAUAAAAUAAAAAAUCAUAUUUAAAUUGAAAGAGCAUGUGCGGUGCGCAGGGAAGGCUUGUGCUCUGUCGCUGAGUCUGAUCUCUCCACCCACAACCCAACCAAUCUUUUCUUUUUCUUUUCCUCGUAGAUCUAAAAAAACAAUGAAAGAAGGGAAAUCUGCUGCUAAAUUGAACAACAGUAAUAAUCAACAGCAACACCAGCAUCAAAAUGGGCACUUUUCUCCUUCCAAAUUCGCCAAAUUGUUGGAUCCUGAAGCCUCUUGGGACAAGGAUCAAUUGGGAGAUGUGUUGCAUUGGAUUAGGCAAGUUGUUGCCCUCGCUUGCGGUAUGCUAUGGGGUACUAUCCCUUUGGUUGGCGGUAUUUGGAUCGGCCUUUUUCUGUUGAUUUCCUCUGGGAUUAUAUAUGGUUAUUAUGCAAUGAUAUUAAAGAUCGACGAAGAAGAUUUUGGUGGUCAUUCAGCUCUCCUCCAAGAAGGGCUCUUUGCUUCUAUCACUCUAUUCCUGCUAUCGUGGAUUCUAGUGUACAGCCUGGCCCACUUCUGAUUGGAUUGAUACACCAAUCUGGCUGCUUCUGCCUAUCUAUCUUUAAGCAAUAUUCUUACUCUGUUAAUCACAGCUACAAGGCACCACUGCUUAUGCCCCGAGAACAAUGAGAAAGCUGCUUGCAAUUAUUGUCUGUUAUCUACUUUUUGAUUGUGCACCAUCAUUUCACGUAGAAUGAACAUGCUAACUCUUGAUUCAUGGUAUUUAUUUUAAAGUUUCUUCACAAUUUUUCCUUGAAAUGUAGCGAUUGAUGAUUUGGACACCUGACAAUCAAAACUGUGGUGUGGCAAAGACAUUAAUUUGAUAGCAAAAUUGUAGUGGAGUGGAGAAUGAUGAAUGAAUGCAGUUUCAAGGGACCAAAUAUUAUUUAUUUUCUUUAGGAAAAGUACUUUGAGAUUCAUGUAGUACUGGUUUUUUGAACCUGACUGCAUUUCAAUCCAUGGAAUGUUUACUGUGCCAUGCGUAUUGUAUAUUGUGUGUGAUUCUGUGGAUUACCUUCCCCUU